AUGAGUCAAAAUAUGAAUUUUACAUAAAAUCUACGUUAUGGGUCUUUUAUAAGAAUUGGUGGAAAAGGAAACAACGCAACUAAAGGUAUUAUAACUUCCAAAGGGUAACACCAUCAAAAUAUUGAUCUCUUAGUUUUUUCGAUCAUGCUGUUUACUUCUAAACUUAUGAAGAUAUGGAUGAUAUCAAUAAUUUUAGGGAUGGAAUAUUUCAAAUAUUGCCGAGAGGAAGUUUUGAAAUUCAUGAUGAAUAUUUGAAAGGAAUGUAAGCAGAGUGUUUUAAAUUUAUUUAGGGAUAAAUCACCAAGUUUAUAAUAAAGGAUGAAAUCCGAAAAAGAGUAAUAUUUCAAUAUGAUUGAUAAUAAAAUGAAUGAGGAAGUUUAUUUCAGGUAUUGAUUUAAAAAAUAUAAUUUAUUUAGUUCAGAAGUAAUAUUUUAGCAUGUAGAAUCCGGAUAGUAUUUGGCCUGUUCUGAAGAAUGUAGUGAUUCAAGAAGUGAUAGUUUUGGUCUUAGACUUCAGUAAUUUUUAUCAAGCAGAAUCAUUUUUAAAAUGGAGCCUAGCAAAAGUUAUUAAUAAACAGGAAGGCCCAUAAUUUCUAAACAGUCUGUAAAAAUCUAAUCAGAUAUAAAUAAAUUUUGGAUUGAUAAAAAUAUGAGAUAGCCAGUUCAAUUAGAUCAUAAAUCAACUUAAGCUGGUUUGAAAGUGUAAUUGAAAGCAUUAUAAGAAGAUUCUCAUAGAUAUGAAUUAAUUGUUAGUCAUUAUUCUGAUAGCGAAUGGAAAAUAUAAUUAUAUGAUAAUUAUGAAAAACAUCAACUUAACAAAUUAAAAUUAAAAACCAAUGAAGUUGUUACUUUUAAAUGUCCUAAAACUGAGACAUAUUUAGGAGCAGACUUAUAAAAUAAUUAAAUUGUUCUUAAACCAACCUUACACAAUCAAUAAAUUCCUGUUGAAUGUCUAUGGGAGUUGUAAUUUUAAGAUAAGAUUAUAAGUGAAUUUCCAACAAUUACAUUGUAACCUAGAACUUUGGCCUAAAUACGUCAUUCAUUUUUAGGAUAAAACAAUGUAUUGUUUCCUGGAAAUCAAAUGAAUUAAUAGUAUAAUUAAAAAAAUGCUACAGAAUAGAAUUAAUAAUUUAAUAAUUAGUAAAAAUUUAAAAAAAAUCUAUCCAAAUAGUUAAGAUUAAGACAUGUUAUAACCGGUAAAUUAUUAUUUUGUUAAGACUUAUUUGAUGCUGAUGAUUGUUUUCCUGCAAUUUUAUCUGAUGAUUCGUGCACUAUUGGUUUACAAUUAGCCAAUAGGUAUGAAAGAGAAUUUAUUGAUUCAUCUUAUGUUAAUUUAGUAAGAGAUGAUAACGUUUUAGCAUCUAUAACAACAAAAUAAUCAAUGAAAACAUCAAGUGAUGUAAGAAUUAAAAAAUCAGAAAAAAUACAAGGAACUGAAGGGUUUUAUAAAUAACUUAAUUAAGAGCAAAGCACUGUUAAAUGUGGUUUUCGAGAUAGAGCGUUUGGUAAACCAUUUAUUAUUCACAGAGUCAAAUAAUCAUUUUUUAAAUUAGUCUUAUAGCCAUUUUCAGCCUAUGAUUUAAUGCUAAACUUUGUUUAUUAACUUUAAUAAAACCCUUUAAAUUUUUCUUAUGUUAUUUCUCCAGAAAGAAUGUAUGAAAUUUAAUUUUUAUUGAAUCGCUUACAUGAAUAUCUUAUGGAUAAAAUUGAUAUUAGUGAUGAAAAUUUAGAUGAUUUACCUAUUUUUGAAAGAUAAAUAAUACUUAAAGAGCUCUAUUUUACUGAAAUAUUGGUAGAAUUGCUUUACUAUUUAUGUUAUAAAAAAGGAACUAAAAAAUUAUAAAUUUGGAGAAAAUAAAAAGAGCAAAUCCAAAUGAUUUUUUAAUCAGCUUAUUAACUCAUGACUAAAUUAAUCUAAAAUAAUAUUGUAACAAAGCUUUAUGUUUCAUAAUGGCUUGAGAUGUUCUUACAUCAAUAUAUGAGUUUAAGCUAACCUGCUAUUCAAUCUUUUAUAUCUGAAAUGUUAGAUAAUAAUAGGGAAGCAAUUUAAAAAUUCUUAACUGAAAAUAUAAUCAAAAAACUUAUAGAGUUAAUUAUGUAAUAGUCACCUCAUGAUAAAUAUCUAAAGAUUCUAAAUGCUAUCUGUGUUUCAAGUAAUUAAGCUAUAAGAGAAAAUUAAAGAUUAGUACUUGAAAACUUUUUUAAAGUAGCCCCACCAAGUAUGUUAUUUUAUUUUUUAAUUUAGAUUUUAAAUUUGCAUUUAAGAUUAAAUAAGGUCAUAUAUUCAUUUAAUCUGCUGAAUAAUUAACUUAUUCAAGGUGGCAAAAUUUAGAGCAAUUCUACAAAUCAAGUGUAAUGAAUGAUAAUUUAGAAUAUUGGAAUUAUUUUAUUAGCUAUUUUGAUUUAUUAGGAGAUGUAGCUAUGAAUAGAUUUUUAUAAGCCAAAGAGUUUAUUGAUGAGAAUUAUUCUUUAGAAAUAUUCUGUAAGAUAUUACAUGAAGCUCAAUCUUUUCAUAUGUUCAACUUGAUGAAACCUUUCUUAAAAUUAAUAAGAUAUGCCUAUAUAGAUACUCCGCCUUUUUAAAAAUUUAAAAAAUUAAGAGUAAUCUAAUUUAAAGAUUUACAUGGGAAUUUUAUAGAUCAUUCUACUAUGUUACCAAAAACAAGUCCAUUACUAGAUGUAAUGGGUUUUCUAUUAUAAUAAUUAGAAAAAAUAGAUCUAUUACAUAAUAAUAUUGAAUACUCAAAAAAUUUAUAAUCGGUGUUGCAAUUACUUAAAUGUUCAAUCGAAAUGCAGUUUUGGGUUGAUAUGGAUUAGAUAAAAGUAAUAUUAACUGCUAUGUAUAAUAUUUGUUCAAGCAUUAAGAAUUUUAAUAUGAAUAGAGAUUAAAUUGAAACUCCAAAUCCUUAAUCUAGCUCAAAUAAUAGUAUUCAUUUAAGUAAAAUUUAUCUAACAGAGGAGAAAGAAACUCAUAUACAUAAAAAAAUAAAAUCUACCAGAUUAAAUGAGACAAAUAAUAUAUUUAUGACAUGCAAACAACUAGCUUGCGAAAUUAUAAAUACAAUAUUUGAUUUAGAAAAUAAUAUUAGAGUGUUUAUGUGCUCUAAAUCUUUUAAAGAAUAACUAUUAUAAUUAGAAUUAGUUGAUCCUAAUUUAGCUAAUAUUAAUAACAAUCCAUAGAAUGCUAAGCAAAGUAAUAUUCUUGAUAAAUUGCCAAAAAAUAACUAAGCAAUCCUACAAGUAAUAUAAUAAAAAUUCAAGAAUUAAAUUGUUUCUGAAGAAAAAAGCUUAUAUGAUAUCACUAAUUGGAUUAAUUAAUUUCGAUAAAUAGUCACAGAGAGAUCGUUAUCUAACUUUGAGAAUUUUGAAUUAAUAUUUGCAGAAUUAUCAUUUUAUGAAAAUCUAUAUCUACCAAAAUAUUCCUUAGAAAUUUUAUCAAGAGCAUAUGGCUAAAGAAAAGAAUUAAUUUAAAAUUUUGAAAAGGUUAUAAUAGUUGUUUCUGGAAAAACUUUAGAAUUAAGUUAGUUAACAAAAUAAAUCAUGAAGAAAUUAGAUAUUUUAUAUUAGUAUGAAUUUUACACAAUGUAUAAAGAAACAAGUAAUAAUAUAAGAACAAGUUUGAUUUGGUAUCAUUCAAAUGAGCACUAGAAGGCUGGUUUAAUAUAAAAUCUAUUUCAAUUAGGAUUGUAUUUAAAGAAAGACUUUGAUAAAGGAAGGUCUUUAAAUCCAUUAAAUUUUGAAGAUUAUAAACCAGAUAACAAUUCCACAAUUGCAUUUUGCGAAAGAGAAUAAAAUUAUAAGCUCCAUUAAGCAAUUUUGAUGGCUGAACAAAUUCACGUGCCUUUAUUAAACUUUAUAUAAAAAUUUAAUAUAGAUUAUCCAACUAUCUAUUGGAAACUUUUACAUUCAAUCUAUGAUUUUCUAACGAUUCUUAUUUGGAAUAAUUCUGAGAAUAAAUAAGUAAUAAUGAAUAAUAAAUAAUUGAUUCAAAGCUUAGAACAACAUCUAAAAUUUAAUAUUGGAACUAUUGAUUUUCUAAAAGCUUUAUAUGCAGAUAAUAAAGCAUUACUUUAUAGUGAGAGGGAAAUGACAUUUAUAUUGCAGUCUGUUGUACCUGUAUGCAAUGAUCUAUCUAUCAAUAAUUAUUUUAAAUCAAAAACAUUAGAUUUCAUAAAAGCUCUAUUAUUAUCUAAUUCAAAUUACAUUACAUCUAAUUAAACAUAGAUUCUUUAAAAAUUGCAAGAAAAAUAGUUCAACAAAAUAAUUUUGCUUUUCAAUAUUUAUAGUGAAUAAACCCCGAUAUCCCCAGAAGAGAAUAGUUUUAGUGAUAUCACUUCAUCUUAAGAUGGAUAAACAGACUCAGAAACCGUUAUAACAGAAGAAUUAUUUAAAAAGUGGAUAGAAGAUUAUCAAAAGGGUUAUGAAAAUAUUGGCUAUGGAUUUCAUGAACUCUAUAUUUCGCCAGAAUUAACAUAUCUUUACAGUUUUUUUGCUGUGUUCAGCUAACUAGUUGAAGAAAAACACCAAAUUAAUAUAAAAAAAUGUUUGAAAAUUCAUAAAUUUCAUGACUUAGUAGUCCUAUUAUAUUAGGCUUAGGAUUGCUGGCCUUUAAAAAGACAUCUUCGAGCUUAUAUCAAUCGUUUAUAUUAUAUUAAAGCAAGCGAUAACUUUGAUCUUAUUAUCAAAAUCGAUUUGCUUACUAUAAUUGAUGAUUUAUAAAAAAUUAUAGACUAUUUAAUAUUGCCCCAACAUUCAUAUAUGGCAAUGACAAUUAUUAAAGCCCCUAUUAGAUAUAAAUAUUUAAUGAGUUAUAUUUAUUUAAAUUUGGAAGAAAUUUUAAUAUCAUUAAAUAGUCUGUUUUUAAAUGAAUCGUUCCUUGAAUAUUUAGAAGAAUUAAUACUUUUCAAUUAAUAGAAUUAAAUAUAUAAAUUACAUUUCUAAUUAUUUGAAAUUUGUUAAAAACUAUUAAUAAUAGAGAAAAUCUAUGUUAAGGAAAAUUUGGGGCAUUUAUGUUAAUUGUUAUUAGAUGUGUUUUAAAGUAUUAUUUCAGGGUUUGACACUAAAGUGCUUUUAAUGAGAGAAAGUUUAUAUUUAAGCAUGGUAGAAGAAAUGCUAAUUUUUUCGCACCUUAAAUUGCAAAAUCAAUAGGAUCUAACAAAAACUUAAAUAAAUAAACUGUAUUAAAUUUAAAGAAACCGAGAAAUAUAUAAAUAAUUGUUAUAAAAUAGUAAUGAUUAAUCUGUUAAAUAAUAUUUAGUUCACUAAGUAUUUAGCUUAGAUUAAUAAUUUAUGAAAGAAACUAAAUUACAAAAUACUUUAGAAUUUUGGAAAACCUAAUCGAAAAAUAAAAAUAAAUCAUCUAAAUCAGACAUGAAUGAUUUAAUCAAUCAUAAAUUGAGACGAAUUAUGAAUAAUUGGAGCUUUAUUCCAUAAUUUUCAUAGUUCUUGGAUGAAGAAUUUUAUGAAGUUUGCAAUAAAUUAUCUUAAAUUGGUAAACAAUCUUAAGAUGCCUAUUAGACUAAAUAUGAAGUCACAACACUGUAAGAUUUUAUAUAAAAUAUUAUUUCAAUUUGUGCUAACACGAGAGAAUAGCAAUUUUCUGAUGAUAUAAGAAUUUUCUUUUUAAGAUUGUUAAGCAGAUUAAUUACAGAAAAGAAUCUUAGUAAUAAAUAAAAAAUGGUUGAGGUUGACCUUUGGACAAGUGAAUUUUGGAUUGAUUAUAAAUAAGAAAUAAAUCAUGCCUAAAAUCUACUAACAAAAUGUGGAGCUUAAGAUUUGAUCUUAUUAAUUUUAUCAGAAAGCUUUUUAGAAAUUAAUUUAACUUUGUUAAAUGAAUGUCUCUUAUUUUCAAUUGCAUUUUUGUUAGGAGGUAACACUUAAGCCUAAAACGCUAUUCUAGAAAAAUUAAAAUAAGAUUCACAAAAUUAAAUAUUAAUAAAUAUUAAAAUUAUUAUAACUAAACUAACUAAAGUUAUUAAUAAUAACUUCUCUAUGGUUACCCAUCACAAUACUAAAGGUUGUGAUUUUAUUUAAACUGUUGACAAUUUCGACUUCUAUAAUACUCAUACUAAAGUAAUGCAAAGAGUGAAUGUAGUUGAUCCUGAUGAUUAUAAGGAAACUAAUUUUAAAAAGCAGUGCUUGGAUGUAUUAUGUAGAUUCUUUAGAGUGAUGCAAUUACUUUGUGAAAAUAAUAAUAGUGAAAUGAAAGAAUUUUUUAGAAGAUAAACUGAUGAGGUAUAUUGAUACUUUAAUUAAUUUUAGUAAAAUAUUACAAGAAUAAAUUCUAUUAAUUUCAUUGAAUUUACAAGUGUAUAAUUAAGAGCAUAUUUAAAAAUAUUAUCUAGAGCUAUCAUUAUCAUACCAGCUUCUAUCCUUGAUUUCAUUAAUGAAGUAAUUCAAUUACCAUGUAUUGAAAACUAAAUAACUCUAUGCCACACAACUUUUUUCGAAGAUGUCAGUAACAUGGCCCAUUUUUUUACUAAUAAAUCUAAUCAGCUAUAAAGAUUGUUUGAUACUGAAGAUGAUUUGUAAGAAUUGUAAGAAUUGUUUAAUAAAAUUCUUCAGACUGUAUUAUUAGUAUUAGAAGGGAAUGAAGAAAAGAUUUAUAAAGAUAUCUAGAAUAAAUUAGAAGCUUCAUUUCUAAUUAGCUUUUUAAGUUUGAGUUUUGAGCAACUUAAUAUUGAAAAUAUAAAUGAUCUAGAAAUGUAUUAAUUCAUUAAGAAUUAAUUAUAGUUAUUUAUUAUAAUAAGAUAAGAUAUUUAAUUCAGACAUGCUUCGAAUAUUAAAUGUUUGUAUCAUUGAACAAAAAAUGGCAUCUUAUCAGUAGAGUAGAUGGAUCUAAUAAUUUCAUGAACAAUUAAGUGUAAAUCCUACAAUAAAAGAUAUUUAUGAUAAUUUAAUUGUUUUAGUAUCAAAUAUUUUAUAAAAUAGAUUCACCAUAUAGAAAUAGUAUAUGAAGGUAAAUCGAUGACGGUGUUUUUUCCUUAUCAUCAACUUUUUAAUUUAUUAUCUGAAUAAUCAAAAUAAGAUUUACUAUUUUAAAUAAAUAGGGAAACUUAAAGAGAUAAAUUAUUGGGUCUACUCAGUGCAACAAAUAUUUUAUUUUAUGAAUUAGAACAUAAUUAUAAAUUAAAUCAUUAUAGAAUUCCCAUAACUUAGAAUAAUUUGAAUGUAAUGUAAAAUUUAUCCUCCAUCCUUGCUUUGCUGAUAAAUUUAUCAAUGGUAUUUUUUUAUAUAACAAAAAUAGAUCUUUUUCUAUACAGUUGUUGUAAAAGGUAAUACUUAUUUAUUAACCUCGACAUUAUAUAACUCAUUAAUAAUAAAGAUGCUAUCUGUAAGUUAACUUUUUUCAUAAAUUAUUCUAUUUAUAAUGGUUAGCUUUCAAAGAAUUCCCAUUUACUUGAAAAAAAAUAGCAAAGGAAAUGAUAAACUGAGUCUUCUAUUAGUAAUAAUUCAAGAGGAUACUUGUUUAUUAUUGUUUCUUUUAGUAUUAUUAUCCUUUUUUGGAGCAUUUAUAAAUAGCACAGUAUUUGUUAUUCAUCUUGUUGAAAUAUUUAGCAGGGUCACUAUUUUAAAAAAUGUGUUCUAAGCUAUUAGUUAUAAUGCUAAGCAAUUAUUAGUUGUCGCCUUCUUGGGAGUUCUUUUUGUAUUUGCCUUUUCAGUUAUAAGUUUUAGUGUUUAUUUUGAUGAUAUUUAUUAAGAGGAAUAGACUGAAACAUGUGAUUCUCUAAUUACAUGUAUGAUAACCCUUAUAACUUCAGGAGUAAUAGGAAAUAGUAUGAUUAAUUGGGAUCCAUUAAAAUUCUUCUUUGAUAUGCUUUUUACUGUCUUUUUUGGAUUGCUUUUUACAAAUAUUGUCUAAGGUAUAAUGAUCGAUACUUUUGCAGAGUUAAGAGAUUAAAGACAAAAAAUUGAAGAAGAUAUCAAAAAUAGGUGUUUUAUCUGCGCAGCCUAAAGAGGUGAGUUAGAAAAUAAAAAUUAAUCGUUUGAAUAGCACAUAUAAGAUAAACACCUAAUUUGGAAUUAUGUAUUUUAUGUUAAAUGUUUGUGGUUAAAGGAAUGGACUGAAUAUACAGGAUUAGAAUAUUGGAUUUAUGAAAAAAUAAAAUAAGAUGAUACUAGUUGGUUUCCAGAAUCAGUUAUUGAUGGAAAAAAUAUAACUGAAAGAUUAGAUUAAAUAGAAAGCCUUUUAUCAUAAGUAAUUGUAUGUUAAGAGAAUAAUUCCUGA